AUGGCAACAAAAGUGGUACCCGGCUCCAACUACGGAAGCAAGUUCGCCAACUUCAACAUCCUCCAAGCCAACUACAAAGUCGUAGAUGGACAUGAGAUUCGCGCCGACUUGAUCAUUCCAAAAUCCCUCCCAGCAGGUAAAGCACCCGUCAUUGCUCGAUUCCACGGCGGUGGUUUAGUACGGGGGGAAUCCCUUUACGAAGACUGGUUUCCCGUUUGGGUGCUCGAGCUCGCAGAGACAUAUAACGCAGUCAUUGUCUCCGCCAACUAUCGCUUUCUUCCCGAAGUCACCGGCCUUGAUAUUCUAGACGAUGUUGAUGAUUUUUGGACAUGGUUGCACUCACAGGAUCUCGCGACACUUCUACGGACACAAAAAGAGGUUGAAGUAGAACUUGACCUCGACCGAAUCAUCACAUCGGGCGACUCAGCGGGCGGCUUACUGAGCAUCUACCUUAUCCUGUCUCACCCGGACGACAUCCGCGCUGGAACAGCUGCCUAUCCCGCCAUCGGAUGGGACAACCCCCCUCUAUUACCCACAAAGCGAAGCGCAUUCGUUCCCGAAGUCCCGGCUACAUUCAUCGACGAAUACGUCUCAAAUAUCAAACCAGGCCAAGUAUCCUCCUCCGACCUUGACCUUCAACGACUGCAAAUCGGCGCGGCCAUCAGCGCAAACCAAGCCGGAUUCAAAUUCUAUAUCCGUGAUUCAGAGAAUUCACCCACUCGGGACAGAUUGUAUCAGCUUGCUCGACUCGAAAAGCCGGACGCAAGACUGCCACGGGGUGGCUUGGUGAUUCUGCAUGGUGUUGAUGAUGAUAUUGUGUUGGCGAAGGCUAGUGAGCGGUUUGUGGAAAAGGCCAAAGAUGCGUUGAGGGGCAGACAGGGCGGAGACAAGAUUGUUCUAGCGUUGAGGCCUGGACCGCAUGGGUUUGAUCAGGAUGCUUCGAUCAAGGAGGAGUGGCUGGAUGAGGCGUUGAAGACUGCUGUCAAGACGUGGCUGGAGKGAUUUUAUGUGUAUCCUUUAGAUAUUUUCUUUUUAAAUACUGUUCUUUAG